AUGGAUCAUGGUUUAUUCUGUCAACAGAAAAUUCUUUCUCUUCCUCUUUGCUUUACAAAACCAUCAGUGGUAUCAGAGCAAAAGGAUCUUAGCGUAAAAGGAAAGGUUGUGAGACAGAAAAAGAGAGAAAACAAUGAUCCACCACCUCUUAGAGCAAGUCCUACUAUUGCUCAAUUGAAGCAACAUAGUGAGGAGGUUGCAAAAAAGUUUAAGGCUUUGUCUUGCAUCCUAUUUGUCGUGUCUGAUGCAAUAUUCACUAGGAUUAUGACUUGUGAAACAGCAAAGGAUGACUGGGAUAGAUUGCAAGAAGAGUUUAGAGGCAAUUCAAGAACAAGGCAAAUGCAAGUUUUAAAUUUAAGAAAGGAGUAUGAAACCUUGAAGAUGAAAGACUCGGAAUCUGUCAAAGAAUAUUCUGAUAGGCUAAUGAAAGUUGUGAAUCAAAUAAGGCUGUUGGGAGAUGACUUACCUGACAGGAGAGUUGUGGAGAAGGUGCUUAUCAGUUUGCUAGAAAAAUUUGAGGCAAAAAUAUCUUCUCUUGAAGACUCUAGAGAUCUGUCUUCUAUAAUCUUGUUUGAGUUGGUUAAUGCCUUGCAAGCUAUUGAGCAAAGGAGGCUAAUGAGACAGGAAGAACAAGUAGAAAGGGCCUUGUUUGUUAAAGGAAAAUAUAAAACUCAAACAAGUUUUGGUGUAAGAAAGCACCGAGAUGAAAAGAAGAAGGUGGAAAACAAUAAGACUGCUGGAAAAAGUGGAGUUUAUAUUCCAUGUGUUCGUUGCAAAAAAUCAGGACACUCUCCAAGAUGGUGUUGGUAUCGACCUAAUGUUCAAUGUCGAAAUUGUAAGCAAUUUGGACAUGUUCAAAAAGUGUGUAAAAAUUUGAAGGAGAAGCAAACAAAGCCUCAAGCACAUAUGGCUGAAAAUCAGCAACAACAUCAGGAAGAGCAUCUAUUUUCAGCUAUCAAUUUAAGGCCUGCAGUAGUGUUGAAACUUGGUUACUGGAUAGUAGAUGCGCUCAUCACAUGA